AUGAGCGCAAAGGAUCAACAGCCAGGUGCCUUCUUGCCGCGUCCGCUUAAGGCGAUUGUUAUCGGCGCAGGGUUUUCUGGUAUCCAGAUAUCGCGAGAUAUAAAAGUUGAGUUACCCGAAAUCGAGCUCGAGUUAUACCCUGUGGCAUCCGAGAUACGUACCUACCUAGAGAAUACAGUAGACAAGCACCACUUGCGCCAAUUCAUUCAAUUCAAUUGGCGAUGCGUGUCAGCCAUAUGGAACGAAUUAGUAUCACGGUGGGAAGUUGAGUUUCAACAUACCAGUCGAGACGAAUGGCUCGCUGUAGAGUCUGAUGUUUUGGUUUACGCCGUUGGCCGACUCAAUAAUUACAAGAUACCCACUACAGAGGGACUAAGUAGCUUUGAAGGAACGGUUGCGCAUACCGCUGCAUGGCCUGAAGGCCUUGAUAUCAGAGACAAAGGGUUAUCGUUGUUGGAAAUGGAGCCAGUGCCGUGCAAUGUGUACCAGCACUACAGCCAGGUCAGAAAAUCCCUUGGUAAUUCUAAUUUAAUGCUAUCUCAACUCUAA